AUGAUCGUCGACUUCGAUGCUAUCUGGGAGGACCUUCUGGCGGAUUUGAAGACACUCCCUGCUAUCUCAUUUGAUGGAUUUGCCCGCCGAAUUCAUUUCAGAGCUCGCUGGAAUAGUGACUUCAACAGUCUGAGGAGGUACAUUGACACUGACCAACCAUACCCUGCUGGCGACGAAAGUCACAACCAGGAGCUUGAUGGCAUGGACACAGGACGUGAAUUUGGCAGGCUGGGGAGUUAUUUCCUUGCUUCUGAAUUUUUCAAUAUUGACGAUGGUGCCUGGCAAUACAUCCAGGAACAACUGCUCACUCCGUACGCGUUGUUUUUCACUCCAAUGGUCCUCAGACAGCUCAUGCCAAUGUGCCUAGCAGAGCACCUAAACAACAAGUUCAAACAGAGUGGUCAUCGUAGCCUUUGGGAAUUAGUGGAUACACCUGGAUUUGCUGAUUACUUCAUCAACAGAAUACAGACAAAGUCCUUCAUUAUCAACCUUGCCUUGACUGAUCCAACCGAAGGUAAUCAUAUGUUCAGCAUUUCCAUCCUCCUAAUUGCAGAUUAUCUGAAGUAUAAAACCGCUCGGCUUGAUUUAUGGAAGAUAUUCUCGAAGGACAGGCCUAGUUUCAAAGCACUACAUGCUUGGUCCCUUGUGGCAUGGAAAGAGAAGGGCCAGCGCAGUGAAGCUGGAACGGACAAUAUCGUGAAGAACUGUGGCAAAGCUGCCACGAUGGCGUAUUGUUCUGUGCUAGGUUCCAUGACGACUUUCAACGCACUGAAGCUGUUCUACGAAGCAGUGAAGGUAUCAAUUGAUACAGACUCAUUUCCGGAGCUUUGCCCAUACCUGGAGAGCAUCCAAGCGAGUCUUAACAGACUGAUCGAUGAGGCUGCCAUUAUAAACGAAUUCAUGAGCUACUCUGAGAAGCUUCAUACAACCUUCAAUAAAAUCAUGCCGGAAAAGUGGUGUGGCGCUGUGCGCACUGCGUGGGCAAGAAACGAUAUAGGUGCUCUGAUGGAUUGGAUUAACAAGGUCACUGGACAGACCAGGAGCCUAGAUCAAUUUUCUCUUUCACCGGAACGAUCAGGUUCCUUUCUCUUACCUGGAACAUGGGUAGACCUCUCUCAAGGAGGACCAAAGUGUAUAGAGAAUGUUUCGAGUAAUGACCGAUUACUUGUAUCGACACAGCGACCGCAAUAUAGCUGCGAAGGCUACAGUGCCGUAAUGUCGAAGACUUCGAAGGUGUGCUCGGUUGGAUUUAAUGGUGAAACUCCCUUCACGACACCAGCGCAGGUAUUUUACACUACUACUGGGCUCCGAGCGGUAGAUCCAGAAGCCGCUAAAGCAAACAACCCGCUUGCUCGGCUUGGAAAGUUAAGAAAGGGACAUUUUGUCUUUCGCCUUCACGGUGAACCUGGAAACUACGCCUAUGAGACUGUGGAGAUACAGUCAAUUCAGGUGAGCCAUUUAUCGGAACAGACCAUCUACAGCGUGCUGCUUUGGGCAGGCGAACAAUCACACCACGCAAAUGGCUACCUAGUGGCUAUAGAUGAUCCGACGAAAUCCAUCGAAUCCACGGCCCGUGCCCUCCGUACCCUCCCAACAGCAAAGCGGCUCUCUCUCAUUGCUUCAUUCCAUGAGCUUGGCUCUACGUUCAGGGAACAUGACAUCCAAUCAAUUCAUGAGCGACUGAGUUUUGAGCUUUUCGGAAGUUAUGAGAAGAUAGAAAGAGGUCAAAUCACACGAUCGGAGAUCUUUCCAACCCUUGUCUCUCCCAGCGACCAACUGAAGGCAAUGAAAUAUAACCCUCGACAGCUCCCCAAUGGCGUCCCUUUGGACAGGGUAGAAAGAAAGUUCUCGUUACGCGCAAAGGGUGACCGUAGUUUGCCCUCAACAUACAAGCUCCCCGAGGUUAGCGUCAUUGACGGAUGCAUUCUUGUAGAAGGCAAGCCUCAGAUGAGAUGCAAGCUUAAUCGGCAUAGGAGGUGUUUCCAAUGGACCCGCAGAGUCCGGGAGAAUAUGUUCGAGCAUGGAGUUCUAUCCCUUUACUCCCACGGGCUGUCGGGUAAGGGUGUGGUACUGUUAUCUACGACGGAUAAACCACAGAACUGCCCAAAGCAGGACGUCCAGGCAUUUGAGGCAUUACCGACAAGCGUAGCAGAAGAUAUCGAGCUAUUCCACACAAAGCGGCAAGCAUGCGGAAAGAGAAACGGCGAUGAAGGGGAAUAUAUACCUGUAAUCAACGUCUCAAUGCAAUACGAUAAGGGCACUUGGGCACCUGAUGAACCUAUAGACAAGCCGAAAGAUCCCAUAUCCGGUAUGGAUGUGCAAUGGGGUUUUCUGUACCCACCUGAUGGAUCCCAGACUACAGAGACGAGGGUACCUAUUCUUGACGAGCUCAGAAAUCGACUCAACGAAAAAUACAAUCGAGAGUUCGAGAGGCUGUAUGAUAGCUGGGAGGUAAUACUGGAUGACGGCAGGACCAGAGCAACCGUGGAAUUUAACCUUGCAAGCGUCGUGCCUUUUAUCUCCGAUGCUGGAAUGGACGUCAACACUCUGAAUGUGAAUUUCAAGUCCCAGUUGGGGAUUGAUAUUACUCUUCCGAUUCUUUUCCAGUCAUUUUAUAUCGACUAUGAUGUGGACCUACGCACUGUCAAGGGCGCCAUCUUCGACUACAAUCCUCUGAUGCGUGACACAAAAGGAGAUAGGCAUUUCAUCUGUGGGACUUCAGACAUUGAUGAUUCUGAGAUCUAUGAUAUGCGAUUGAAGACCUCUAGAGCGUUUGCAGAUUGUGCGAACUUGACUGCACCGACCUCGGUCACGUCGGCCUUACAGCCAGCAGAUGUGACCGAACAGCUGCAUCUGCUGCAAGAGCCUAAUGUUGAUGAGCUUCUCAAUCCGUAUGGCUAUGAUGAGGUUGCACGUGAAGAUUUGACGGGCCAGGCCAAGCCCAAAGAUUUACCUUCGAGGUUGGCAAACGACCUUCCGUCAGACCUGCAGAAAUUCUUUCGAGAAAAGUACGCACCGGCGUUUUUAUGUCAGUCAGUCAUGCGAUAUGAAAAGUAUGAAGAUAAAUUUACGGAGCAGGAGAAGAAGAAUAUGCGAUACUGGUGGGACGGUAAUGGUGACAAAUGUCUCUCAAAGUCCAAGGAAUAUGCAGAAAUUAAUCGCCGAGCUUCUUUUGAAGCUGUGCGAGAAUUCAAUAAAGACGUGCUUGAUAAAUACCUCGACGAUAACCCGACGAAGUGGGCCUGCACUCUUUAUGCCGCUCUGAAGGAUGAGGGCCGAAUGUUGACAUAUCUAGCACAUCCUAUUCAAGGCAGCGUCAAUGUGAUCAACCGCGAGUGCUGUAUCCUUGACGCAUUGGCACCAUCGGAAGGAUUAGCCGAUAAGUGGUUCGAAGAUUUUGUUAACUUUGCCAGUAAGCGACAUAUCCGCUAUCCAUACAUUGACCCAGAUGAAGAUCUGGCCGGUCAGUGGCUACAUGAUUCGAUGAAGGAUCUUAUUCGACGUGUCCUUGAGGGAGAUCCUUCCGUUGAUGACGAUGUGCGCAAGGGGCUGGAAAAGGACAUAGAAGAGUUUGAAAAGGCGAAUGGACUUGAUCAGACUGCGACCGCCGAGGCCAGGGCCAGCAACAUCGUGGAGAAGGGGGCGGUAUUCUUUGCAGAAGCUAAGAAGUGGCUGACCGCAGUAGGUAAAGGCCUUGCCGUUGCGUUGCAGGGCAUGAGGCUGUUUCAAUUGGCGGAAAUCGGCUUCGAACAAGUGACGAAAGGUAUCGGGGAUAGCUUGCCAGGGCUUAAGAAGCUGAAACCGCUCGCUACGAUAGGCAUGGCAUGUCAUUGUGACUCUUCGCGAUCGGACCGGACCGAUUGGGACACCAUGGAAGACGCUAAGAAAGCAGUGGUGCUAUUGGAGAUGAUAAAGACUGUUGUAAAUGGCAUCAGUCAGGCUCGUGAUGCUUGGAACAACUACAAAAACAGGGAUACUGCCACCACUCCAGAGGACGCCUUAGAUACCGCGACUUUGAACCAGGGAGUUGGAAAGUCUGUUGCGGAAAGUGGGGGCAGCCUUGCUGAGAUGUCGGACAAAGUCAAUGGCGAAGGUACAUUCAACGAGAUUGUGGGCGAUCACUUGCUCCCAGAGGGCCCAGCUACGGAGACCGACAACGCAGGACGGUGGAACGAAGGCGCCGAUAAACCGCCAGAGAAUACUCCAGCUGGUGGGGAGGAUGUAGUGUCUAAGUGGAAUGUAUCGGGGAAUGCCGUCAAGAUCCUUAAUGCUUUCUUGGGUAUUGGGCUAGUUAUCGCAAUGACCUUCAGUUUGGUCCAGGACUGGGACAAGUUGACAACGGGAGGAAAGAUCAUCAACACGAUCGCACUGCUUUCGCAAACACUCACCGUGGUUUUGGAUAUUGUCGAAGUGGGCUCGUCCAUUGGACUCUAUACAGUCACAGGGGUAUUUGCCACAGCUUUGCCCAUACUCGGGGCUGUGCUCGCGGUUCUUGGCGUUGUGAUGAUGCUAAUCAACCUGUUUGUGAACUUGUUCGGUGGCUCUCCACCUCCCGACCCGGUGCAGGAGUUCAUCGACCAUGUAGCCAAAGGCCUAGUUGGGGGAUUUGAGAAAGCGCCGCCGCCAAAACUUGACUAUACCAUCCCCAGCGUCACCUAUGAAUCCGGCAAAGUGACGGGCAUCACCAUCAAAGGCGAGAAUACCACAGCCGAUGAGAUCAGCAUCCCCAACGCACGAAUCAUUGUGACCAGCGGCAGCGACGACGUCUGUCUGUUCUCUACGAAUGAAUUCGAACUGGUGGAGGAUACCGACACCGAUAAGGACUCGGACGGACAUCUCUAUGUGACUCCGAACCGCAAAGCUGAGGGCACCUUGUCCAGUAGCGUCCUCGGUGACGAGACGGAAUACCAUGAAUAUGAUCUAGUGGUCGGAGGAAACAAGAAGGAUACGGAGAACAGUUUGCACAAGCUCAUCCUGCAAGCGAAGGAGAGCUUCACUGCAGUCUGGACGGGAAAGAUUAACAAAAGCGGCCGGAGCACGGUCGAGAUCAUUGAGAAAUCGGAUCUUGACAAAUGCCAUGUUCAGUACACGGUGUUGAGAAUCUGA